CCUUUUUGCUUAAAAUCAAUUUUUUUAUAAUAAAUGGAGGAUGAAAGGUGGAUGAGGGGUGCAUGUGUAGCACCCCUCUUCUUGGAAAUAUUCAAGACAUUGGAGGGAGAGCUUGGGGAUAAGCCUUACUUUGGGGGUGAGACAUUUGGGUUUGUCGACAUUGCUCUCAUCACUUUCUACAGUCGGUUCUAUGUGUAUGAGACUUUUGGCAGGUUGAGCAUGGAGGUGGAGUGCCCCAAGAUUGUUGCAUGGGCUAAGAGAUGCAUGCAGAAGGAGAGUGUCGCUAACACUCUUCCUGACCAGAAGAAAGUUUAUGAGUUUGUCUUGGAGUGGUUUGGAUUAGAGCAAGCUCAGCCGGCCAGAAUUACAACAGUAUAGAAGUGCAUGUUUUUGCGUUGUGUCCGCCAAAUGUUUGAUGAAAAUGAAAUUGUGUUUUUCUACGAAAGGAAUGAUAUAUCUUCUCUUCCGUCUUAA